UUGGCCAUACACCCCCAGGCCAACCUGCUGAGCGUCAGCCGCCGCCGCUACGCCCACCUCAGCGCCCACGAGGACGAAAUCGCCACCGACAGCAACCUGCCCUGGGGGGUGGACGCCCUCAUCACCCUCUGCUUCCAGGACAAGAAGUACAGCCUGCGCACCGCCGACGAGCGCUACCUGCGCUGCGACGGCACGCUGGUACCCGAGCCCGGCGCCCGCACUGGCUACACCCUUGAGUUCAAGGCGGGCAAGCUGGCUUUCAAGGACUGCGACGGCAAAUAUCUGGCACCCACGGGGCCCACCGGCACCCUCAAGUCCGGCCGCAGCUCCAAGCCAGGGAAAGACGAACUCUUCGACCUGGAGGAGAGCCACCCCCAGGUGGUCUUCACGGCGGCCAACGGCAGAUACGUCUCCAUCCGGCAGG